CCCUUUUGCUGGCAAGCAACAUUGCAUUCCCUUGGCAAAGGAAAAAAGAUGAGGCGUUGCAAGCAGCCUUUGCACAGCUGAACGUGUUGUUUACCAGGAUGUUUUCCUCCUAGGUGGCAAGAAUCUUGAAAAAUGUCAUUACAAUUAGGGAUGCUGCCAGGAUGGGAACUGUAUCUUUACAUCUUCCUUUCUUUUGGCUUUCAUUUUUAUUCUUUCUAUGAAGUCUUCCAGACCUCUCGAGAACAUGAAGAGGAAAUUCAUAGAGAAUUUGAACUGGAAACUGAUUCACUGUUUGGGCAACUUAGAAAGGAUCCAGUGGACUUUGAAUGGAGUUUUUGGAUGGAAUGGGGCAAAGGAUAUAUACUGUGGCUUCUCCUUGGUCACAUAGUUGUAUCACAGGUGUCCAGCAUUUACAUGGAAAAGUACAAACCUUGGCUCCUGAUGGCUUAUGGUGUGGCAGCCAGUUGGUUUUUGCUGGGCACCAAAGGCUUACUAGUGAUUUUUCUACAUGUAGCUGUCUCAUAUUUCAUUGCUCAGUUUAAAAAUUCAAUUCUGACAUGGAUGAGCUCGUUGCUUCUUUUGUCAACAUUACACCUCCCAGCCCUUGAAGAAAUAAAGAGAAGCUGGUAUGCCAGUGAAAAUGAAUAUUUCUUGCUUCUAUUUGCUCUGACUGUCCGCUGUCUCUAUUACACCAGCUUCAGCCUAGAGUACUGCUGGAACAGGCCUGCCAAGUUGAUGGAGCCUUCAUUCCUUUGGAUGCUGUCAUACGUGUUCUAUUAUCCUGUGUUUCACAAUGGGCCCAUUAUCACUUUUGACGAAUUUUAUAAACAGAUGAAUAAGCACAGUUCCUACAGUUUGAAGUCUAAUCUCUAUGUUUUCAUCUGUGGCACCAUUCGUAUUUUGAUCUGGUGGUGGCUGGCAGAGUUGAUGAUUCACCUGAUGUAUAUGCAUGCAAUAUGCAGUUGUCCUUCACAUCUGGAAAGAGCAACUUACUGGACCUUAGGUGGCCUCGCAUUGGCACAAGUCCUAUUUUUUUACGUGAAGUAUCUUGUUCUUUUCGGUGUCCCUGCACUUGUCAUUCAAAUGGAUGGACUCACACCUCCUGCUUUACCUCGCUGCGUGAGCACCAUGUACAGUUUCUGUGGAAUGUGGAGAAGCUUUGAUGUAGGACUACAUAGGUUUCUCAUUAGGUAUAUUUACAUCCCAAUGGGAGGAUCCCGCUGCAAUAUGUUCAAGAUGCUGUUUUCUACAGGGAUCACAUUUGCCUUUGUAAGCUAUUGGCAUGGAGGCCAUAGCUAUCUCUGGUCCUGGGCUGUGCUUAAUUGGCUUGGAGUGACUGCUGAAAAUGGACUGAAGAGGCUGGUUUCUCUUCCUGUUGUCCGUGACGUGCUUAAUCGGUUUUUGUCCCAGAGAGGUUUCCGACGGCUCCAUGCAACUCUGGCAUCUAUAUCUACCACAUUCUUGAUUUUCUCCAACCUCAUUUUUCUGGGAGGAAAUCAUGUUGGCAGAAUCUACUGGAACAAGAUUUUCCUAGAAGGCUGGCCCUGGGCAACACUCUCUGUUUUUGGAUUCCUCUAUUGCUACUCUCAUGUUGGGAUUGAAUGGCAACACAGAUUUUCCACGGAUUAGCAACUAUGCAAAUGGAAGCCAUCUAAAUUGAGAAUAUGAAUCUCUCACUGGACAAUACUUUGUGCCAAUAUACCAAUGUAGCCUGUUCUGUCUGAUGUUUUGUGGAUUCCACAGCAUCAUUCACUCAUCAGAAUUAAGAGACAGACGUUCAAAACUCUGGGAGACAUUUAGCCUAACUCUAAUUGUUAGUCCCAACUAGAAAAGACUCAGCCCAUUAAACUGAACUUACAUAGGUAUUGAUUUGCCAAGUUCCCAUUGAGUCAGUUGGUCUAUUGAAGUUGGGAUUAAAAAAUUGUAUUUAGGCUAUUGCCAUCUACAAUUGUGGUUUUUUUCCCUAAGAAAUACCAAUACAUUUUUAAAAAAAACCUCUUGGGAUGCUAUUUAUAUAUCAUAGUUACUUGAAAUUGUAUUUCUGUCUACAUGCAAGGGAAGAGUAUGAACCAAGCACAGGUACACAUCUUAAGUCAAGUUGAUUGAAAACUACAACAGUGUUUUAACUCUAUAUCAUUCUACAUCAGGAAAAAAUCCAUUGCAAGACAAUCCUGUGACAUCUUGCUACCUGAGACAAAUGGAUGGCAGUUUAAUUCCACAUUGGUGAUGCAGCACUAUUCUCCACUGUAGCUAAUAAUCUAGCAUGGGGAGCACAGGGCAAGUCCAAUGGACUCUCAACUCUAGCUUCCAAAAGAGAGAACAAAAAGAAGUGGGGAGAGAUUGCAGUUACUGUCCCAUGAGUGCACACCAUCACCUGAUGUUUGUGCCAGUUGCCUCAUUCUGCCAAUGGUAGUGCCAGUCCUGAUCCUAAGACUCCUGAAAUAGACACAUGGGUGGGCAGGGGAGA